CCACGCCCACGUAAAAACAACCCCCUCUUGGUCUUUGCUAUGCCCACGCUCGUGCGUCGGUCGUACUCGAAGGAGGAAACUGGGUCAGGCAUACUCGAGGCAGGCCGAGUCAGGCCGAGGCUCGAGAGUCGUCCAGGAGUUUUCGACUCGAACCAGUCCCUUCGAAAACUAUCCCGAAGCCCAUCGUCGUCGUCGUCGUCGUCGUCACCGUCGUCGUCGUCGUCGUCGUCGUCAUAGUCGUCGUCAUAGUCGUCGUCAUAGUCGUCUUUGUAAUCGUCAUUAUUAUCAUCAUCGUCGUCGUCGUUGUCGUCGUCGUAGUCGUCGUUUCUCAAAUCGUCAGCUCAAUUUCGUGCCACGAUUUGCCUUCGAAGAAAAUCCUUUUCGAAUUUUGAUCAAUCAAUUAUAUAAUAAUUUAAAAAGGACGAUCAAUCGACGAAGGGAUAAGUAAGGGACUGAAGCGAGGGACACAAGCAGAGACAUGGACAAUGUGCAAAUGAUCGGCACUAAAAUCACAGCGAUCAAGGAAUACUUAUAUAACUUUGCAAGGACGCACUCACCCACAAGACUAAUGAGUAACGAAAAUACCUACUCCCUCUCCAGGGAACACUGUAACCUCAAAUACUCGGACAUCCUGCCUCACAAUGCCGAAAGUUAUCCAGCGACGAAAGAGUUCCUGAUGAAGGUCGUGGACAUCCUAUUGGAUUACAUCAAAGCAACGAACGAUCGAAACGCUAAGGUCCUAGAUUUUCGUCAUCCAUCCGAAAUGAUUCGUUUGCUUGAUCUCGAGAUACCUGACACUGGUCUGACUUUGCAACAACUAUUGAUCGACUGUUCGACGACAUUAAAGUAUCAAGUGAGAACGGGACAUCCACAUUUCUUCAAUCAACUGUCCUGUGGUCUUGAUCUGGUGUCGAUGGCCGGCGAAUGGUUGACGGCGACGGCGAAUACAAACAUGUUCACUUACGAGAUCGCUCCUGUUUUCAUACUAAUGGAAAAUGUUGUACUUCAAAAGAUGAGGGAAUUGAUCGGUUGGAAUUGUGGCGAUUCGAUCCUAGCACCAGGUGGAUCCAUCAGCAAUUUAUAUGCGUUCCUAGCGGCAAGACAUAAAAUGUUUCCUUCGUACAAAGAACGUGGUCUUUCAUCGAUAGGAGGCCAACUCGUUAUGUUUACGUCCGAUCAGUGUCAUUAUUCCGUGAAAUCGUGCGCUGCCGUUUGCGGCUUGGGUACCGACAAUUGCGUCAUGGUACCGAGCGACGAACGUGGUCGAAUAAUACCAUCGAAAUUGGAAGAACUUAUCCUAGAACGCAAGGCCAAAGGUCACAUACCAUUCUUUGUAAAUGCAACAGCAGGGACAACCGUGAUCGGCGCAUUCGAUUCAAUACCAGAGAUAGCUGAUAUUUGCAAGAAAUACAAGCUUUGGCUUCACGUAGAUGCAGCUUGGGGCGGUGGUUUACUUCUAUCUCGAAAGUACAGACAUCCAAGAUUGACUGGCAUCGAACGGGCCGACUCGGUUACGUGGAAUCCGCACAAAUUGAUGGGAACUUUACUUCAGUGUUCGACCAUACACUUCAAGCAGGAUGGUCUAUUAAUUAGCUGUAAUCAAAUGUCAGCGGAAUACUUGUUCAUGACCGAUAAACUCUACGACGUACAAUAUGAUACCGGUGACAAAGUUAUUCAAUGUGGUCGUCACAAUGACAUUUUCAAACUCUGGCUACAAUGGCGAGCUAAAGGUACGGAAGGUUUUGAAAAACACAUGGACAGGUUAAUGGAACUAACAGAAUAUAUGGUCAGACGUAUCAAACAAAUGCCAGACCGAUACUACUUGAUUCUCGAGCCUGAAAUGGUGAACGUUUGUUUCUGGUAUUUGCCAACGCGCGUUAGAAAUAUGCCGCACGGUCCGGAAAGAGAAAAGAUUUUGGGCGAAAUCUGCCCGAUCCUGAAAGGUCGCAUGAUGCAAGCUGGUACAUUAAUGGUUGGUUAUCAACCCGAUGAUAGGAGACCCAACUUCUUUAGAAAUAUCAUUUCGAGUGCUGCAGUUACAGAAGCUGACGUUGAUUUCCUAUUGGCUGAGAUGGAUCGACUGGGUCACGAUCUCUAAGCUAUCUGCCUAAUAAUAUAAAAUUGAUCGAUCGAUCUUCUCAUCCUAUCCGACUCAUCCUAUCGAUACGGAUAAAACCGCACGAACGACGAUUGAUCUAAAUUGAGAGAAAAACUAUAUUGACGAAUAAUAUUUAUUUAGAUGUGUACAAAACUCACGUGGCCAAAACUCAGAUUCGCAUAAUUCAUGAAAUAUUAAUCGUAAUUAAUCGUAAGAAACAUGCGUUAAUACGGGCGGAUGCAUGCGGCCUCUUUUUAUUUUUGUUUUGUUUUGUUUUGUUUUGUUUUGUUUUCUAUAGAAUAAUCAGUCGAUUAUGAUCAUCUUCGAUCAUAUUUAAAAAUCUAAUUUUAAUAUCAUGUUUUUUUUUCCUUUUUUUUUAUAAGAAACGAUCUUUUCAUCGACGAACUAUUCAUAAACUUUUUUCUUUAUAUAUGUUUUUUUUAUUUUAUUAAAAAAAAUUAAAUUAGAUAUUUUAUGUGUAUAUAUAGAUAUAUACGUUGUUGUUAUUUAUUGAAAAAAAAAAUAAUAAUAAAUAAAUUAAUAUAUUAAAGUUUAAAUUCGAGCCUGAUGCACCGAACGCAUUCGUUAAUCGUUCCUUAGGACAACAUAGGUAUUAACAUAAUUCGUUUAUAAGUGUUGACAUCAUUGUUUAAAUAAAGAAACUAAUAGCGUACGAAGAAUGAUCGCAAGUUGUUAACGCAAGUGUGAGCGUCUGUUAAAACAAAAGAAAAAUAAAUGAAUAAAUAACAAUAACAAAAUGAAUACGAAGAAAAAGAAGAAAAAAAAUAAGAAAGAGAAAAGGAUAUAAAAAGACAACAAACUGACGAUGGUUAAAAGAUACUCAUAGUGUUUAAGAUAUUUAGAUCUGUAAGGGAAAUACACAACAGCAUAUCCAUAUGAAAAUAAUUACAAGAGAAAAAAGAAAAAAAAGGAAAAAAAAAAAAGAUAAAAAAAAUGUUACAACAAAGUAGAUAUUUCCGGCCGUAUAAAAAGUUAAAUAAAAUAAAUAAAUGAAUAAAUAAAUACCAAAAAAAAAUA